CAAGAUGGCAGCUGAAGGAGGCUGCUUGUCUCGGGCUGCACAGCCAGGAACCGCGGAGGGGAAGCAGAAGGCGGGGGAGGGCGGGAGGCCAUUCGCAGGUCACUUGGGUUAGAUCCGCGCGAGGCACUAGGCGCAGCCGCCCAGCCCCGCGACCAACUAGCGCCGCCUCUCGCCGCCCAGCCGUGGGCACCGGCGGUGGGCGGGGCCAGCAGCGCAAACGGCCGGCAGCUGGGACCGGACCUGCACAGGCUGCCUAUGGCGGGUGGCGGGUGGGCCCGCGAGUCACAGCCGGCCAACCGGGGCCAGCCAGGAGCCUGAGGGUCGGAAGCCCCCAACACAAGAUGCUGAGCUCCUUCCUGAGCCCCCAGAAUGGCACCUGGGCAGACACCUUCUCUCUGCCCUUGGCUCUUGCCGUUGCCCUCUACUUGGGCUACUACUGGGCAUGUGUGCUUCAGAGGCCUCGGCUGGUGGCUGGGCCACAGUUUCUGGCCUUCCUGGAGCAACACUGUUCCAUCACCACGGAGACUGUCUACCCAACGCUGUGGUAUUUUGAGGGGCAACUACAAAGCAUCUUCCAAGCCCUCCUGCAGUCUCAGCCCCUAGUCCUUUAUCAGAGUGACAUCCUCCAAACACCAGAUGGAGGCCAGCUCCUGCUAGACUGGGCCAAGCAGCCUAACAGCAGCCCCAAGCAACCUGACAGCAGCCAAGCCCCUGAUCCUACUACCCAGCCCAUUGUGCUGCUGCUUCCUGGCAUCACCGGCAGUAGCCAGGAGACAUACGUCUCGCACCUAGUUAACCAAGCUCUGAGGGAUGGCUACCAGGCUGUUGUGUUUAACAACCGGGGCUGCCGUGGGGAGGAACUGCAGACCCACAGGGCUUUUUGUGCCAGCAAUACUGAAGAUCUAGAGACAGUCGUGAACCACAUCAAGCACCGCUAUCCCCAAGCUCCACUGCUGGCCGCAGGCAUCUCUUUUGGAGGGAUACUGGUGCUGAAUCACCUGGCACAGGCCGGGCAGGCUGCAGGGCUGGUGGCAGCACUGACUCUGUCUGCAUGCUGGGAUUCCUUUGAGACCACUCGCUCCCUGGAAACCCCACUCAACUGACUGCUCUUCAAUCAGCCCCUCACUGCUGGGCUCUGCCAACUUGUGGAACGAAACAGAAAGGUGAUUGAAAAGGUGGUGGACAUAGACUUUGUGCUACAGGCCCGCACAAUCCGCCAGUUUGAUGAGCGCUACACGUCUGUGGCCUUUGGAUAUCAAAACUGUGUUACCUACUACAAAGCAGCAAGCCCUAGAACCAAGGUAGAUGCCAUCCGGAUCCCUGUGCUCUGUCUCAAUGCAGCAGAUGACCCCUUCUCCCCCCUUCCCAUACAGGCCGCCCAACACUCCCCCUACGUUGCGCUGCUCAUCACAGCCCGGGGUGGCCACAUCGGCUUCCUGGAAGGGCUGCUCCCAUGGCAGCACUGCUACAUGAGCCGCCUCUUGCAUCAGUACGCCAAAGCCAUCUUCCAGCACCCAGAGGGGCUGCCUGACCUCAGGGCUCUCUUACCUUCUGAGGACAGAAAUAGCUGACAAGAGUACCAUUUGGGGUCUCAGUUCACUCUUUCCUUGUUUAUUAAAUAUCAACUUUUCCUGCCUAA